AUGAUGAGUGAGGCAUCCACAUCUGUCGACGGCGAGGAGGCCAUGCCGCUGCCGGAGCGCUUUCAACAGCUGCGGCACAGCCUCCAUGGUCACUGGGGCACCUCUGCGGAGGCAGACCUGCUGCGGGCCAUGCAGCAACUGCACACGCGUCUCGUUGCUCGGAGUGCACAGACGCACCGACGAGUCGAAGAGCUCAGCCAGCGCGCCACCGCUGCACAGGUAUCCCUGGCCAACGCGCUCAACGCGCUGAAGCUGCUCUCUCAGCAGCAGUUCGUGCAGCAUCGCAUCGCCACGGAGGAUCUCCAGCAGCGACAGCGCACAGUCGCGGGGUCAAGCAGCGAGGAGGCGGAUGACGGGAGCAGCGACGGCACGGUGAGCCCUAAUCGAGCCCUCGCCACUUCGCUGCCCACUCACACGACGAAGGAAGCGGCGGUGCGUCGUCGUAUGCACGACUAUGUGGAGAUGUGCAAGGAGUUGCUCGCAGAGGAGGGUGUGCGGGUGCCGCUCUGCCCCGGUGACGUCGCAGAGUUGGCGGCGGAAAGCCCUUAUGCCCACCGCCGCCUGUGUGGGCUUAUAGGCACACCGGCCUUCCUGUACGAUGCGGACAUCGGGUGUAGGCGAGGAGCGGAUGUGAUGAGCGCAGCAGCUGUGAAGCAGCGUCAGUCUCCACAGUCACAGCCCGCCUGCCUCCCCGCCGCCAUGCCUCCUGCCGCUGUCACUGGAGUUCCCUCUGCGCCGGCUAAGCCCCUCUCUCCGCCGAGCGCCGCGGCGAAGGCUUCCGUGCCGCCGCCGCAUGCGACAACCACAGGCGCAGUUGCACCUCCAGCAAGGGCACCGCGAGCUCAGAGCAGCGUUGUUCCUCCGCCCACUGCGGCAAAGGUGGCACCCGCAAAGAAGGAGCGGCAUCAGGCGUUGUUCAGCUCCUCCUCGUCUUCUGCGUCGUCGUCGGCCUCGCCGUCUGCUGCCGUGACACCGGCGGCGAAGUCGUCUCCGCCAUUGACCAAACGCGGUGCUGCCGCACCGGCGCGUCGGCCAAAGUCUGCGCCGGCCAAGAAGGGUGCGCGCAACUUGUUCGACUCCUUAUCCUCCUCCGUGAGGAGCAACAGCGUUAGUAGUGCUCGCGCUGAGGCAGCGAAGCGCGCGGCAUACUCGCCGACAUCGUCAGACCUCUCGUCCAGUGACGACUCGAGGCCACCGCCAGCGGCAGCGCGCAAGGUCAGCAACCCGUCGCCGCCGCCCCUCGCGGCUACGACAGCUUCGCCGCCUCGUACGCCUUCAGCCUCGUCUCACUCUUCCCAAGGAUCAUCGGCGUCGUCUGGCACGCCGGCAUCGCCGGCUACUGCUACCCCGGCACCACCAGCAACGCCCCCGCCAGCGCCACCACCGCCAUCUUCAGCAGCGCCAGCGGCUUAUACACCGCCAUCAGCAUCACCUCCACCGCCGCCCCCUCCCCCACCUGCUGCCCCGAGCGCGCCUGCAGCUGUGUUACCGCCGCCACCACCGGUGUUUCUAUUCGAUACGGUGUCUGCCAUGGGUGCGCCGGCAUCACUUCCACAGGCUGCGGCGAUACAGUUCUCAGCGCCUCAGUCCGCUACCCCGUCGUUUCACACGGCUGCCGGUCCACAGCCGCCGCGGCGAGGCGGCAAAGUGCUGAGUACGUCAUCGGAUGACGACGCUGAAUGA